AAUUAGGUUAUAAUAAUAUUAUUCAACAAAAUUUGUAAGAAAAACAUUCCAAUAAUACAAACUACUUAGUAAAUACUUAAUACACCAUGUAAACAUAUCAUUUGGAACCUGGAAAAAAAAAAUCAAAUCGAAUAAAUAAAUAAAUAGAAUUGACCGAAAGCUAAAAUGAAUGAAUAUAUGAGACCUAUCAGACUAACGAAUUUGACUUUAAAACCGGUUUAAACCGGAAUCGAAGGAUUAACACGGAGCGCAUAAAUCCACCAAUCACAAUGCAGCCUCGAGCAAUUAUGUUAUACGUCACCGAUUGAGUACCGCUAAUGUCCAGGAAAGGAGAGGAAGAUGCUCGAAUCCGUGUUAUAUUCAAGAAAAGACGACAUAUUCCCAAACAUGCUGUAAAUAUGGUCCGAAGUCGCGUUUUCAAAGAUAAAGAAAUAACCCAAACUUUUUAACACACCCGGUCCGUGUAACGCAGGAGAGUUGUCUCAUGUCAUCACUGGAGUCCAUGAAGAAGGACUGUUUGGCAUCCAGCACCUUAUCAUCGACCUCUUUGAAAGGCACUUUAACCAAAAUUCACAGCAGAAAACACGAAGCCAGAGAAAAGCUCUUAUCACACCCAGAGGAGACGGAGGAACCCUGUAAUACUUGGAGUAUCUUUCUUCCUAGUUGCAGUUGCAGCAGUUGCAGUCGCACGGUUCGCAGGAUCCUGGUUGCCUGCGUCAUCUCUUUCCUGGCUCUGUUUUGCUCCGUGGCCAUGGACUUCAGUUCCUCCUUGGAUCAAUGGCAGAUGACUGAGAACUGCCUCACUGAACUGACCUCCUGCAGGAUUCAAGCCACACUCCGAAUCAUUGCUGAGCUCCAGAUGAUGAGAAAUUCAUGCUCAUUGAGAGAGAGCAAACAUAGCGAUCAGGAGACGUUCCCAACUCCUGAACUGUCAACCAUCAGUGACACUUGUACAGGUGUGGAAAAGGACGGCUUAGGGCAGCCUUGUGGCACAGAGCUUGCUGAGUUCUGUGAGCGACUGCAGUCUGAAUUUUUUGAGUUCGUUAGUAUGAUGUGGGGAGAUGAUCCCACAUGCAGCAAUGGGACAUGGAUUUUCACUCCUGCGAUUGAAAAAAUAUUCGACUUAUCAGGCAUAAGAGAUGUGGACAUUGGGCUUCUGAAGCACAGUGCGGAUUGGAUAGACAUGAUCACGCUGAGAUUUCUAGUAACAUUCCAAGAGCUGAACUAUCAGUGGAUCUUGAAUGAAGGAGGACCAGACAUCCAGAAUAAAUGGUUACAAACUUUAACCACUCUGAUGAUCCUCCAAGACAUAUCUGAGAAUUUCCAGAGCUGCUGGAUGGAGAAUGUGGACCAGGAGCUCAAUCUAAAAGACUUUUCCUUGUAUAACUCUGGUUCCUCUUUGGAAGUGGCCCAAAUGUUCAUUUUUGCCUUAAGAAACAUCCAGAAAUGCUUUCUUUCAAGAACCACGGCAGUCCUGAAGCUGAAAUCCAGGAAUGUCUCAUCUAGCAUAAGCCUGAAGAUCUGCCUGCUCACCAUUGCAUGCCUCAUCUACCCCAUUGUGCUGCUCUCCUUUAAGCAGAUGACUGGCUGGAUCCAGGACUACGCACAUACUUUGAAGGAGAAGACAGAAGAUUUGAAAAAACAGAGGCAGCUUGCUGAGGAUCUCCUUCAUCAGAUGCUGCCCAAGUCUGUGGCUAAGCAGCUUCGCAAAAACAGACACGUGGAGGCUGAGAGCUAUGAGAGUGUUACCAUUUUCUUCUCAGACAUUGUGGGCUUCACUGCCAUAUCAGCCUCGUGCACACCUCUCCAAGUGGUUGAGAUGCUCAACAACCUGUACAUGUGCUUCGAUACACGCAUCGACUCUUACGAUGUCUACAAGGUGGAGACUAUUGGUGAUGCCUACAUGGUAGUGAGUGGGCUUCCUGAGAGAAAUGGGGAUAAACAUGCUGAUGAGAUUGCUAAGAUGUCUCUAGACCUGGUGGCUGCUGUGAGGCAGGUUUCCAUUCCCCACAUGCCCAAUAAACGCCUUCAGCUUCGAGCAGGGAUACACACAGGACCAUGUGUAGCUGGAAUUGUAGGCUACAAGAUGCCCAGAUACUGCCUGUUUGGAGACACAGUAAACACAGCCUCCCGAAUGGAAUCCACCAGCCUGCCUCAGAAGAUUCACGCCAGCUCUGCCACUUACCUGGCUCUGAUGAAAGACAACGCAUAUGAGCUCCAGUUACGGGGAGAGAUUGAAGUAAAGGGGAAAGGAAAAAUGAACACCUACUGGUUGAUUGGCAACAAAAACUACAGCGUCCAGAAUGACAGCCUGGUGUGCCACUGGAACCCGAACCUCCCCAGAAAGAAAAAGACCGCUAUAGGGAGUAAUGUCUCAGUGGCUAAUUCCUCUGUCACAGUGCAGAGCAUGAGUGAAAGAACCACACCGGUUUCUCAGCCUGAGGCUCUUUACAUACCAGAGACAGCAGAGGUCACCAUGUGUGUGUCGGCUCAGGUGGAGAACACUGUGGGCGGCUUUGGGACCCUCGGCUCUGUGAUGGGGACUCUUAAGGAUGAGGAGAAGUCCACCAACCCACAAACACCCAAGGAAACCUCACUACCAGGCCUCGUGCCACACUGCUAGACAGAACUGAGAUUUGAUUUUGUGCGUUUGUUUUUAUUUGUAUUUUUUAGACACAGGUUUAGAGAAUCUUAGUUAUUUAUGUGCUCAGCCAUUUAUAAAAUUCAAAUGCAAACUUGACAGCCGUUAUUACAGUAAAUCCUUCAGAUUUGCAGACAUGUACAUCCUGUAGCUCAUCAGUAAUAUCAUUUUAGAAAAGUGACAUUUUACUGUCAGACACGCACAGAAACAAUAUUUGACUUUAAAGUGUAAUCUCAUGUCAGACAUGAUAAUCAUAUAACCUGGUUAAAUGAUAGAAGGAAAAAUGGUGUCCAGGGCAAAAACGAUUUGCAACCAGUGUGCCUUUGUGGGAGCCACAUGGGUUAAAUGUAGCCUUGGUAGCACUCCAGAUGGAUCUGUGGUAAUACUGGAGCUGCUCAGAAAAAUAUACAUGAGCUACGAGAGGGUAAGGAGUCCAUGAGGGACCAGGGAACAUGGAUAUUAGCCCAUCUAGUCCUCAAAUUGAAUUUUAUGGGCCCCAUUUGAGUGGCCAGACCGAUGCCAAAAACCUGUCCAUAUGGACAUGUUGGCUGGGAGUGUACCAAUCCAAUUCAUAUCAAAAAAAGACAGGAGUUUGGAUGGAAGUGCAGUGAUAAAUAAACAAAGCAGGCAAAUCCAAAACUGACAGAAGGGCAAAGUAUCAGGUGGUCAACAAACACAUUAAUGCGACUGGGCAAAACUCCAAAAUGAAUAUACAAACAAAGUAGAAUUCUAUAGGAGCAGGACUUUUGCUAUUUAUGAGGGGUGUGGUCUUUGGGAAGAGGUUUGAGGUUCUUUGGUAGGCUGAGGUUCUGGGAACCACAAUUUCUUUGGAUGUAAAUAGCUUUAGGAAUUUUGGUUUAUGUUAUAGUGACUAUACUUCGUUGUAAUUAGGACUACGAAUGUAUGCUUCUUUUCUCUUAUUGGUCUGUGUGUACUUUUCCUCUUUCCUCUUUUUACUCAAUUAUUUUGUUUGUCUCUUUAUGCUACAUGAAGGUGAGAGAUUGUUUACAGUAAUUCAUUAUGCUGUACAUGUCAAAUAACCAUAAAUACCUUAGUGUUUAACAAAUUAAACACACGGCUCCAGUC